AUGAACUCACAAAUCCCUACCAUCGACCAGAAUAUAGUUGUACUUACGCUUGAGUAUUCUUAUUUGUUACAACCCCAGGCGGGUCUUCUUUCAAUUUUUCAUCAAUCCACUAGGAAGCUGGCUUCCUUAUGGAGGGAAUUUUCUCCAGACAAGUCAAAGAAUGCUGGCUUUGUAUCACAUUUGCAACAAUCUGGGUUAAGAGUGAUGGAUAACAUUGAACCAUUGCGUUCCAUUGUUGAUCGUAUAAAUAGCCUGAACUUAGGUGAAGUUACUCUACUUGAACCCAAACUUUCCACUGAUUUGAUUUCAGUAGUAUUGAAAGGUUCUGCAUAUUUUGUCAAUUAUGCUAGACUGAAAGUCUUGAAAGAAUAUAAUCAAGUUAUGCAAAAAUCUAUUUCUCUUAGCAAUUUCGAAUUUCAAAAAAUCAGUCAAUCUCCAAUGAAAGUGACGUUUUUCCAAACUUUAGAUAAAAUUGCUGAACGUUAUAAUAUCGAGUAUAUCAUUUCUCAUAAACCAAUAAACUUUAAAAUUAUUGGUUAUAGAGAUGAUCAAAGUACUGCUCCAAACUUCAAUAUAUAUCUUCUUGGUGGUCAAGAUAACAUAACUGCAGCUGAAUCGCAAGUGAGAAUAUUGAUGAAUACUAUACUUAAUGAUUUUUAUGUUGAUACUUACAAAGUUAAUUUGUCUGCCCUCCCACUUAUUGGAGGAGUAGAUUUGUUCAAUUUUAAUCAAAUUGCUAAGCAACUGGAAAGUAACAUUUAUGUUCCAGAUUUACUUCCUGAAUUAUUCCAUUCUAAAUUAUUUCAAUCUAAUGCUCAAUUGGAUGUAUUCAUUACCACCAAAUCAAUCCCUGGUAUCAUACAUGCCAAGCAACUUUUAGGAAAAUUAAACUCCUUGUUAAGUGACAAUGGUAGUUAUAUUGUUAAGGAAAUGACCAUGAGUAAAUCUAAGUUGGAUUUAAUCACCUUAAUGGAUCAAUCAACUAUUUUAAAUAUUAUGUUCAAGCAUGGAGUUUUCAUUCAACUUCCUUCAUUAGGAGAAGAACAAAAUUUCACUAUUUCAGUGCAAGGACAAACAUUGACGUCAGUAAAUGAAACAAUCAGAGAAUUAAGUUUAUUAAGUUCCAAGUAUUAUUCAGUAAACAUAAACUUUGAUCAAUUCUCCAUUGCUUGUUCUGAACAGUUUGAAAGUUUACUAUGCAAUAUUGUAAACAAUGAAAAGCCAUGUAUUUUGAUAAGCAAUGAAAACGGAAUUGAGAUAAUUGGAUUGAAAGAAGAAGUAAGAACAAUUUUGAUGUUACUUGAUACAAAUUUCAUGAGACAUUACCCUGCUUAUACUGAAAUCAAAUUGAAUUUGGAAUUAAAUCAUUCACAACGUGAUUUUAUUAGUGGUAAGAAAAAUGGUAAAAUGAUGAAAGUAUUAAACCAAUUGAACCAAAUUCCAGUGAUUGAAUUUCUUCCUUUCAAUGAAUUUAACUUUUUACUCUGUUUAACUGUUGCUAGUAAUCAAGAAGUGUCAAAUAUUGUUCAACUUUUCUUGAAAGGUUUAGAUUUAAUCGAAUUGGAAUUGCCAGCAGAAUUGAACUUCAAUAUUCCUGAAGUAUUCCAUAAAUCUAUUAUUGGAAAUGGUGGAUCAAUUAUUCAAUCUAUUAUGAAAAAAUAUAACGUAUUCAUCAAGUUCACUAGCAGUACUGCAAGUGGCGAUAGAUGCAAUUAUUACAAUUCAAAUAAAAUCUUUUACACAUUUCUGAGAUUUGAUAAUGUUUUAAUCAAAUGUCCAAAUAAAAAUGCAAAAAGUAUCCCAUUAGUGAAGUAUGAGAUUGAUGAACUUGUUUAUCAAUGUUGUGCAAAAAAUAUCAUGUCACAUUCAUUCCUGAAUUCAACUUCAAUGUCAACAACAUAUUUAACUACACACUUUAAGUUGCUCAGAUCCCAAUAUCUUAUGUUAAUCAACUCGGAAGAAAAGAAUGGAAACCUCUCUAAUCAUUUGAAAAUGAUCAAUAACAUUGAAUCUGAAACUAAUACUUUUAUUGAUUUUCCAAAUUCUCUUGAAGAUUUUGGAGAAUCUGAUGAAAUAGUGUUCCAAAUUAAAGGUGCCGAUAUAAAAUCAAGACAAGCAGCAAUUAAAUUCUCUGAAUACUUGCCAAAGAUGUAUAGAAUUAUGAUUGCUUAUAAUCCAGGAAAGUUUGAUGAUAUUAUUUCAACAAAUUCUGAAGAUUUUAAUAAUAAUAUCAUUUACCCAUUUAAGAUGUUGUUAGGGAUUGAAAUGACUCUUUUAAAUGAAGGUUCAAGUCCACUUGAAAAUCCAUCAUAUCAUCUGAUUCUCUUGAACUAUAAUCAAAUUGAAAAGUUGAAUACUGCAGUUGAAGAAUUAACAACAUUUUUACGUCAAAAAAACUUUUUGAUUAUGGAUAAAGGAGAAUAUGUUUACGACGGGAUCGUUGACUCUCCAAAAGUUACCAAUAGCAGUAGUAACAAUAUCAUUACAAAGAAACUCAAACCAAUUACAAAUAUAAAUACCCCAGCAUGUAAGGGUAAAAAGAAAUAUCAACGCAAAUCAAGAGAUCUUAGAACCAAGGCAGUCGCUAUUUAA